AUGGCGAUGACAAUGACAAUGACUAGCGCGAUGCCCAUGCCAACCGGCGGCCACCACGACCACCACGACCACCACGGCAUGCACGAUAUGGGCAUGGGUGGGAACCAGUGUAAGAUAUCCCUUGUUGUAUCUGCUUCCAACCUCUUCCGCAAGGAUGGCCAUCUCAUGAGACGACGGAUAGGUUUCAUAUCGUCAACAUGGCGAAUCACCUCCAGAGGCAUGUUCGCGGGCUCCUGUAUCGGCGUGAUCCUGCUCGUCAUGUCCCUCGAGUUUCUGCGCCGUGUAGGCCAUGAAUUCGACAGCUACAUUGCCGGCCAACCGUCUCUAUUCAAUAGCUUCAGCUCCAGUUCCACCGCCUUAGGAUCUCCAAAUGGAAGUAAAGACGCCGACCAGCCCAAGCCAGAUAGCCCCGGGUCAAGCUCAGCACUAAAUAGAUGUGCUGACCCGGCUGUGGGAGGAAGACGCUCGCCAACUCUCCUGCAGCAUACUCUGCGGUCCCUGUUGCAUAUGGUGCAGUUUGGUGUAGCAUAUUUCAUAAUGUUGCUGGCCAUGUACUAUAACGGAUAUUUCAUCAUCUGCAUACUCAUCGGGGCAUUCCUGGGUAGCUUUGUCUUCUCCUGGAAGAGCCAAGAGAAACGGUGA